UCCCAUACGGGUUUUGUGAAUUCUGACUUUAACUUUUAUCUAAAAAAAGAAUUUGAAGUUUUAUCCUUGGAUUGCUCCCACUAUAUAUUCGAGCCUUAGAAACCCACCGUCAGUGACUGAUAUUUUGUAGUUCUUCGAGGGUCAUUUCGAUCUUAAAUUGGGUGUAAAAAUGAAAUCCCGUGAAGUUUUGGCUCUGUUUCUGUGUUUGAAUGUGUUCUUGCUUGGAGCGAUUGCUGAGCCUCCCACAUGUCCUGCUGAUGCAAAUAACGAAUGCAGUCAUUCUGGGGAUUGGGAGGGGGAAUUUUUCCCUGGUAUUAACAAGAUUGUAUAUGAGGGUCCUGCAAGCAAAAAUCCACUGGCAUUUAAAUGGUAUAAUGCUAAUGAGGAAAUUCUUGGGAAGAAAAUGAAGGAUUGGAUGAGGUUCAGUGUUGCGUUUUGGCAUACGUUCCGUGGGACAGGAGGAGACCCAUUUGGUGCUGCUACCAAGUAUUGGCCAUGGGAAGAUGGUACCAAUUCAGUGGCUAUGGCGAAGAGGAGGAUGAGAGCUAAUUUCGAGUUCAUUAAGAAACUUGGGGUUGAAUUUUGGUGCUUCCAUGACCGAGAUAUAGCCCCAGAUGCACUAACUUUGGAGGAAACUAAUGCAAACCUUGAUGCGGUCGUGGCCCUUGCUAAAGAGCUUCAGGGAACCAAAAUUAAACCUUUGUGGGGUACAGCACAACUAUUCAUGCACCCUCGUUACAUGCAUGGUGCUGCGACGAGCUCUGAAGUUGGUGUUUAUGCAUAUGCUGCUGCUCAAGUCAAGAAAGCAAUGGAGGUCACUCAUCAUUUGGGGGGAGAAAACUACGUCUUCUGGGGCGGCCGUGAGGGUUAUCAGUCUCUUCUGAACACCGACAUGGGGAGAGAGCUCGACCAUAUGGCCAGGUUUCUUCAGGCCGCUGCUGCCUAUAAGAAGAAGAUUGGUUUCAAUGGAACUUUGCUGAUCGAACCGAAACCCCAAGAGCCUACGAAACAUCAGUACGAUUGGGAUGCUGCUACAUCGGCUAAUUUCCUGCGAAAAUAUGGUCUUAUUGACGACUUUAAGCUUAACAUUGAAUGCAAUCACGCCACGCUAUCGGGUCAUAGUUGCCACCAUGAACUUGAAACUGCUAGGCUCAAUGGGAUUCUCGGAAACAUUGAUGCGAACACUGGCGACCCUCAAGUUGGUUGGGAUACCGAUCAGUUUCUGACCGACAUUGGUGAAGCUACUAUGGUUAUGCUCAGUGUGGUGAAAAAUGGAGGGUUAGCACCUGGUGGAUUCAACUUUGAUGCGAAAUUGCGAAGAGAGAGUACCGAUGUUGAAGAUUUGUUUAUUGCUCACAUUAGUGGAAUGGAUACCCUUGCUCGUGGACUCCGAAAUGUUGCCAAGCUAAUUGAGGAUGGUUCUUUAACGGAGCUUGUUCGUAAGAGAUACCAGAGUUUCGACACUGAAAUUGGCGCACAAAUAGAGGCUGGUAAGGCUGAUUUUGAAUAUCUUGAGAAGAAGGCCAUGGAAUGGGGAGAGCCAAAGGUUCCUUCUGCCAAGCAGGAACUUGCUGAGAUGCUUUUCCAGUCAGCACUGUGAAGAAACAAGAGCCCUGAUUUUCCAGCCAGCCCUUUCUUUUUCAUUCAAUACAUUUCUUCUUUUGUUGCUAUGGUUUAUAAUAAUGGAGGCCUCUGGUCAUUUCACAAAAUUAGGUAUAGAACAGGUAGAGGAAAUGGUAUAUGAAUGUAACUCUCUUCACUAAGCAACUUCAAUUAAAUAAUUCUCGCGUUCAUUGAGCAA